CUCCUCCCGCAAGGCCAGAGAGGACGGGCCCACGAGCCCGCCCUUCACUCACUUCUCUCCCCCAGGUGCCUCCGUGGGCCUGUGCAUGGACAGCCCCAGCAACGCCACCAUGCCCUGUGGCUUUCUUCUUCAAGGCUUCUCUGAGUUCCCACACCUGAGGCCCGCGCUCUUCCUGUUGCUGCUGGCGGUGCACCUGGCCACCCUGAGCGGAAACCUGCUCAUCCUGGUGGCCGUGGCCUCGGUGCCCAGCCGGCCGCCCAUGCUGCUCUUCCUGUGCCAGCUGUCAGCCAUCGAGCUCUGCUACACGCUGGUGGUGGUGCCCCGCUCCCUGGCCGACCUGACCGCGCCUGGCCACGCCAGCGGCAGCCCCAUCUCCCUCCUGGGCUGCGCUCUGCAGAUGCAGAUGUUCGUGGCGCUGGGCGGGGCCGAAUGCUUCCUGCUGGCCACCAUGGCCUAUGACCGCUACGUGGCCAUCUGCCACCCGCUGCGCUACGCGGCCGUGGUGACCCCUGGGCUGUGCGCGCGACUGGCUCUGGCCUGCUGCCUCGGGGGACUGGCGGUGGCCGUGGGGCUCACGGUGGCCGUCUUCCACCUGCCCUUCUGCGGCUCCCGCCUGCUGGUGCAUUUCUUCUGCGACGUCACGGCGCUGCUGCACCGGGCCUGCACGCGGAGCUACGCCGACGAGCUGCCGCUGCUGGGCGCCUGCCUCGUGCUGCUGCUGCUGCCCUCGGUGCUCAUCCUGGCCUCCUACGGCGCCAUCGCCGCCACCCUGCGCCACCUGCGCUCCCCCGGGGGCCGGCGCAAGGCCGCCUCCACCUGCGCCUCGCACCUGGCAGUGUCCUUCCUGCACUACGGCUGCGCCACUUUCAUGUACGUGAGGCCUAAAGCCAGCUACUCCCCGCGGCUGGACCGCACGCUGGCGCUGGUCUACACCAAUGUCACGCCGCUGCUGUACCCGCUCAUCUACAGCCUGCGCAACCGCGAGGUCACCGCCGCCAUCCGCAGGGUGCUGGGGCGCCGGCGGCCAGGCCAAGCCCGGGGUCGUCUGUGUGAGCCUUGACAGCAGGCGGGGACCAGGCCAAAGUGCGCAGCUCCGCUCCCUAAAGUUUUCCCUGUCAUGAGGUGUC